GCCUCAUGUGGUACUUUCUGGAAUUCACUAGCAUGAUACUUCGACUUGAGUCAUUGAGGAGGAGCAUGAAUGCUGACUGACUUUAAAAUAGCUGUCACAACAACUGAAAUUGCUUUCUCAUCCUGUAUUCAAUCAAGAAGGAUCUUGCUCUUUAAAUCAAUCGUUGGGAGAAGAAAUUAUCGAUAUAAGGGUAUAUUCUAGAUACCGGUUAUCACCAUAGUGCCAUGGAGUUUCCUGAUCUUGGAGAGCAUUGCUCUGAGAAGUCCUGCAAGCGCCUGGAUUUCCUACCAAUGAAAUGUGAUGCAUGUGAAGAGAUCUUCUGUAAAGAUCACGUAACCUAUGCAAAUCACAAAUGCAUGUCAUCCUACAAGAAGGAUGUCCAGGUCCCGGUUUGUCCUCUGUGCAAUACUCCAAUUCCCAUCAAGAGGGGAGAAAUGCCUGACAUCAAAGUUGGAGAGCACAUUGAUCGGGACUGCAAAUCAGAUCCUGCUCAGAGAAAGAGAAAGGUAUUUACAAACAAAUGCUCGAAGGGAGGCUGUAAGCAGAAAGAAAUGAUCAAGGUGACAUGUGAUGAUUGCCACUUGAAUUUCUGUCUUAAACACCGACAUCCAUUAGAUCAUGACUGUAAGACCGAUGGGAAACCUGCGUCCAAAUCGGGACAUGCUGCUUUAAUACGGUCCCAAGGUGCUUCCUCUAGUGCAGCUUGCAGUUCGGCCAGUAGAGGGAGCUCGCGCCCUGUCCCUAAUGGUGUUAGUGUAAACAGCAGGACCCACAGCAGUAGUACUCAGAGGAUGUCUGUUCCAGCUUCUGCCACAAUGGCCCCUCCAGCUCAGAAUAUAAUACCUGCAUCAGCAUCCUUUCAGGCUGCCCUGACCGAGGAGCAGGCAUUACAGAGAGCACUGGAGAUGUCCCUGGCGGAGUCAGGCAGUGGUGUUCAGCCAGCCCUUAGUCCUCAGGAGCAGGAGGAUCUGGCCCUGGCUCAGGCCCUCGCUGCUAGUGAAGAGGAAUACAGGCGUCAACAGCAGAGACAACAGGUAUCCAGAAGGCUUAGCCGUCAGUAAAAUACUUACAGGACCAUACCUAGGGCAGAGAGUCCAAGCAGUCCACCUGCAGCCUGUCGUAAACCUGGAUCAGUCAGGCGGGACCCACGCUUCCACUAGUCGACAACAAGCGACAGCACAUCUCUUGAACACUUAUGCCCAGUAGCAAAGCAUCACUGAUUGUACCGAAUUAGCAUUCAGGAAAUCCCACCGGCUAAGACUGGCUCACUGGCUUUUCAAUAUGCUCUCCUAAUUUUUACUGAUGAGACACUGUACAUAUUUUAUAUAUUAUUGAUCAUGAAAUGUAACCAUGGCAUAAUUGUAUCCUAAAUAAAUUAUUAUAAAGACCA